UCUAUGCUUGCUAAAUCAUUUGGGAACAUUGAUUUAUAUUGGAGGAAUCAGUACUCCAGGAAGAGAGGGGGUGGACGUGCGUAAUUGUUCGUGGGGGAGUUCUAAUCUAAGCAAGCUUGUUUAUUCUAUGUUAUUGAGAAAUCGGUAUUUCCCCCAAACCGCUAGCUGUCAUACGCCUCAAAACUUCUAAUGUUGUUCUGCCUCCAAACGGAGAGCUCAAUCCCUUGCGGCUGAAUUUCCCGAUUCCUAGCUUUCGUACCAGAUGAUUGCCACUACCACGUUCUCAGCAAAUUCUUUUCAAUGCGAAUAUAGGCCUUGCAUCCAUAGCUAUCUUUUUUGUCUCUCAAAUAUAUGUAACAUGGUGAAUAACAGAUAUCUUGUGAGCUCCAACAUUAAUUGGCUUAAUGGUUUUAGUGAACAAUUCAUAUUUGCCUGUUGCAGUGAUUCUGAUACUUUUUUUCGCCAACAUCAGUAUAUGGAAAAUAUGUAAUGAACUAUCUGCCACCAAAUCUGAUAAUGAGGAACCCUCGCGUGGCGGGGCACCCAAAACACAACCUUCUCACUUGACAAAACCUAUUUAACACUCUGUCAACUCUUAGAAAUCUGUCUAUUUGGAAAUUAUCAUUACUUGUAAUACUCAAAUUAAGUGAUAGGAUGCAGGUUAUUCGUUUGUAAACUUGAGAUACCCCAGUUUCUUUCAUAUUAUUUGGCAUAAUUGCUGUUAAAUAUUUGACCUGUAGAAACAUGAGAAUGUUGGUUGAUAGAUUCUUCCAUUUUGUUCGACUAGAAUCAUGGCUGGCAAAUUUGAAGGUGAGGAACCAAUAAAUGAGCAAGCGGUCGCCAACAUGUAUGGUGCCAUGAGGGCGGAAAUCGACCAAAUUUACUCGAAAAUUACUGAACUAGAGAUGGAAGUUAGUGAGCACUCUUUGGUGAUUAGUGCCAUACAACCACUUGAUCCAUCAAGGCGGUGCUACCGGAUGAUUGGAGGUGUGCUUGUGGAGAGAACCAUCAAAGAGGUCUUACCAGCUGUUCAGCGCAAUAAGGAGGGGCUUGAAGAGGUUAUUGCUCGGCUUAAUGAGGCCUUGGAAAAGAAGAAAAAAGAAAUGAAUGAAUUUGAAGCUAAAUACAAAAUUAGGAUCAGAAAAGCUGAUGAUGAAGUAAUGAAUGAGAAUGGCAGAAAGGAAGGGUCUGCACAGGGAGUCCUUGUCGGUCCUGCUGGUGCAAAUGAAUAG